AUGACGGAGUGCUUGGAAGGUCCGCCCACCAAGCGGCGUAAGGCUAGGAGGGCAUGCGAUCCUUGCAGGGAUCGCAAACUGAGAUGCGAUUUUCCGGACGACGAUCCCACCAAAUGUUAUGCGUGUCAACGUUCUGGCGCGCAGUGCGAUUCCACUCAGCCUGCCAAAAUAGAUAAACGGCGUCUGCGUACUCUUGUGGAUCUUGCAACCACAGAAGAACAGAAACAGUGGGUCGCUUCUCAGAUCGCUUCGAGAGGAGUAUAUGUGUCAUCUACGGACACUGGAGCUCUUCGGAAACCUCGACCUUCCACUGUCGGUGAUCCGGCUGAGCUCGUAGCUAGAUUGCUAUCUCCAAAUCGCGCUUCAGAGCUUAACAAUCAUGUACUUGCCAAUACAAGCAGAGCAUCCACAGGCACACCUUCGAUAUCUAGAACAGGGUCUCUGGAACCGAUAAAUUCACCAACGCUCCAACAAUCACACCAAAUACAACCACCAUCACGGCCCCAUGCUUCCACCUCUACUGUUGCCGCUCUACGUCGAGGGUCAGAUGAUCUUCCCAAUCUCAAGCUGAGUGGACCUGAACCGAGAAUGCAAGACUCUGGAGGAUUAGAUCGUCGGUAUGGGCUAUUUAGGGUAACAGAAGGAUGGGUCUAUGGUGCCAAUCCCGACGUACCGAUGAAAGAGGGACAAUUGACUGAGCAGCAGAUACGAGCGGAUGUAAUCGCAAAAUUGAUUUCUUUCUACACCACUCAAAUCGCGCCAUUGAAUCCAGUCAUCCCACCUCAUCGAGUCAAUCAGGCUAUAGAGACUUCGUCGUUCAUCCUUUCAUCCGUCCUGGCUGUGGCGUCACUCUCCCGAGAUGUACCUUCUUCUAUUUACGCAAGUAUUCGAGAUCGGUUGCAAAGAGAACUGGAAAAAGAACUGGGAAAGGGAUCAACACUUCCCCAGGUGCAAGCUUUGCUGAUAUGCGGAAUGUCACACGAGCUUCACGGAGAGACUAAUAUGGAAGGAGGAUCGAAUUGCUGGAUACGCAUCGGCACUGCCAUAAGACAGGCGCAAGAUAUAGGUCUACAUCGUUUAAACCCGUCACAUUGGCUGCCAGAGAUGUAUGCUGACCGGACGAGAGCAUGGCUGGCCGCUAUAAUAACAGACAGAUGGUAUGGCGGAGCGUACGGUCAACCAUUAGGAAUCUCACUAUUAGAUUGUGAAGAUCCUCUGGUCUCAGCGGAUCUGCUGCAGACGCCGGACUUGAGCCAUGCAUUUCAGGUCGAAAUGUAUCAUGUAAGCUGCCUGCUAGGUGAUAUUAUGCAAACCAUCUACCGACCUAGAUCGUUGGAUCGAUGUUCGGAUAAGAUAUUGGAAGACCUGUUACGACAAGUAGAUUCUCGCUUAAGCCUGAUACCUGAACCUUUCCUGUUCACCGGGGAUUCUACCUCCGUGCAAGGAGGCUUCUUGAGUCUCGUGACCGUCUCAACCGAAGUCAUCUUCUUCCGAUCGUUUGUCAAACAUAACAGGAAAUUGCCUUCCCAUCUGCACUUCCGUCCCACUGCGCAGCGUUGGUCACGUACCGUGCAACGGGCUCGACAAGCUAUCGCCUGGCUAGAUCGAAGAGGAGAUCAUAUACUUGAUUGCUGGUUGAUUGCAAAAUACGCUGUAACUUAUGCUGCGCUCGCUCAGUGA